UGGAACGAACGCGUGUCUUCUUUGGACCCGAUUGGCUGCUCACCGGAAGUAAACAUCAUGUGACAUUGAAAAUCAGCUGAUCUUCCGUGGACAUCUUCGCGAGUCACGACUGCGGCGAUUAAUUCAAACCUCUUCCUCUCUGCUUUUCGGGCCCGGUCGGAUCUGUGACAGCUGCAACCAUGGCGCUCAGCGAUGCCGACGUACAGAAGCAGAUCAAGCACAUGAUGGCCUUCAUCGAGCAAGAGGCCAAUGAGAAGGCGGAAGAAAUCGAUGCGAAGGCAGAGGAGGAGUUCAACAUCGAGAAGGGCCGUCUGGUCCAAACUCAGAGGCUGAAGAUAAUGGAGUACUACGAGAAGAAAGAGAAGCAGAUCGAGCAGCAGAAGAAAAUACAAAUGUCCAACCUGAUGAACCAGGCCAGACUGAAGGUAUUAAAGGCCCGUGACGAUAUGAUCUCGGAAAUGUUGAAUGAGGCUCGCCAGCGGCUCGCUAACGUCGCCAAGGACCCGGCGAGGUACACGUCUCUGCUGGAUGGAUUGAUCUUACAGGGAUUCUAUCAGAUGCUGGAGCCCAAACUGACCAUUCGCUGUCGUAAGCAAGAUGUGCAGUUGGUACAAGCGUCCAUCAUGAAGAAUAUCCCCAUAUAUAAAGCAUCUGUGAAGAACAACCUGGAGGCUCGCAUCGACCAGGACAACUUCCUCUCCCCAGACAUCUCGGGAGGGAUAGAGAUCUAUAACGGUGACGGGAAGAUCAAGGUGUCCAACACCUUGGAGAGCCGACUGGACCUCAUGGCUCAGCAGAUGAUGCCAGAGAUCCGAGUGGCUCUCUUCGGUGCCAACCCUAACCGCAAGUUUAUGGAUUAGGAAGUCGUAUUAGAGAACAACUCUGUACCUUUUUAUUUUUAUUGAAAGACGUCAUUCCUCUGCCUGUGAAACGAAAACCUCCAUUUCAGCAGUGCUGCGUUGUUUUGUGUGAUGUAUUGCUGUAUCUUUGUGUGGCUGGUUGGUUCUGCUGCUCCUCUGAGGGUCUCAGGACUCGGUGGUUGGCUGGACGCCGGACCGGUCGUCCUUUAACCGGGUCAGACUUUGUGACAAACGCAGCGUCUGUGUUGCCGUCUCCCCAGGUCCAUUAGCCUUUACCCCACAUUAGCGGUUGCAUGGGGUAUUGUGCUGCUAAUACGUGUCUGCUCCAACCAAUCAUCUCAAAACAAAGCUGAGAACCGUUCACGACCUUGCAGUUAAUUUCUUGUUACAUCGACUGUGUGUUGUUCUUAAGUCAUGCAGUGAAGGAUGGCUGAUAUCAUUCCAGAGGCUCCCAUUAUAUGUAUAUGAGGUUUCCAGAUUAAAUUAUGUGUGUGUGGUUGUUUGUUUCAUCUUUUAUGAUUGUGUCUCAAACUGAAAAUGUUAUAUUGUGGAAAUGUAAUACAAUAAAAUCAUAAGUCUCUCCA